AUGGGGGAAAACGAUGAUGAAAAAUACAGUCAAGCUGGCCAGAUAUUUGAAAACUUUGUGCAAGCGUCAACUUGCAAAGGUACCAUUCAGGCCUUUAAUAUUCUCACUCGCCAACUUGAAUUAGAUCCUUUGGACAAUAGAAACUUUUACACUAAACUGAAAUCAAGAGUGACCACCUGGAAGGCCAAAGCUUUGUGGAACAAGCUUGAUAAAAGAGCAAGUCACAAAGAAUAUAAGCGCGGAAAAUCCUGUAUGAACACUAAGUGUUUAAUUGUUGGAGGUGGCCCAUGUGGCUUACGGACUGCCAUAGAACUUGCCUUCCUGGGGGCCAAAGUCGUCGUCGUGGAGAAGCGAGAUGCUUUUUCAAGAAACAAUGUGUUGCACCUUUGGCCGUUUACAAUCCAAGACCUCCGGGGACUGGGAGCAAAGAAAUUUUACGGAAAAUUCUGUGCAGGAUCUAUUGAUCACAUCAGUAUUCGACAACUUCAACUUAUCCUCUUCAAAGUUGCACUGAUACUAGGAGUUGAAAUUCAUGUGAAUCUAGAAUUUGUGAAAGUUCUGGAACCUCCUGAAGAUCAAGAAAACCAAAAGAUAGGUUGGAGGGCUGAAUAUCUCCCCAUGGAUCACCCUUUGUCAGAGUACGAGUUUGAUGUUAUUAUUGGUGCAGAUGGCCGCAGGAACACAUUAGAAGGUUUCAGGAGGAAAGAGUUUCGUGGAAAGCUGGCUAUAGCUAUCACUGCCAAUUUUAUAAACAGAAAUACAACUGCAGAAGCCAAGGUAGAAGAAAUUAGUGGUGUUGCUUUCAUCUUCAAUCAGAAGUUCUUCCAGGACCUUAAAGAGGAUACAGGAAUUGACCUGGAGAAUAUUGUUUACUACAAAGAUAACACUCAUUAUUUUGUGAUGACAGCAAAAAAACAGAGUCUUCUGGACAAAGGAGUGAUUAUUAAUGACUAUAUUGAUACUGAGUUGCUCCUCUGUGGAGAAAAUGUGAACCAGAGCAAUUUGCUGUCCUACGCCAGAGAAGCUGCUGACUUUGCAACCAAUUACCAGCUGCCUUCCUUGGAUUUUGCUAUUAAUCACUAUGGGCAAUCAGAUGUAGCAAUGUUUGAUUUUACUUCCAUGUAUGCAUCCGAAAAUGCUGCGCUAGUGAGAGAGAGGCACCGACAUCGGCUGCUGGUGGCACUUGUUGGAGAUAGUUUGCUUGAGCCCUUCUGGCCAAUGGGUACUGGCUGUGCAAGAGGCUUCUUAGCUGCUUUCGAUACUGCAUGGAUGGUGCGGAGCUGGGCUCAAGGAAAACCCCCGUUAGAAAUCCUUGCUGAACGAGAGAGCAUUUAUCGACUUUUACCUCAGACUACCCCUGAAAAUAUUAACAAGAACUUUGACCAGUAUACCAUUGACCCAGGAACAAGAUACCCAAACUUGAACUCAAGCUGUGUUCGACCUCACCAGGUGAGACAUUUAUAUGUUACUAAUGAGUUACAACAGUGUCCUCUUGAAAGAGUAAGCUCCAUUAGAAGAUCAGUGAAUCUCUCAAGACAAGAGUCUGAUAUUCGACCUAACAAGCUUUUGACCUGGUGUCAGAAACAGACAGAAGGGUAUCGUAAUGUUAACAUCACAGACCUGACUACCUCCUGGAAAAGUGGCCUUGCGUUGUGUGCAAUUAUCCAUCACUUCAGACCCGACCUCAUUGACUUUGAUGCUCUGAAUGAAGAGGACGUUGUCAAGAACAACCAGCUGGCAUUCGAUGUUGCUGAGCAGGAGUUUGGGAUUCCCCCUGUGACCACGGGGAAGGAGGUGGGGUCGGCUGGGGAGCCUGACAAGCUCAGCAUGGUCAUGUACCUCUCCAAGUUUUACGAACUGUUCAGGGGCACACCUCUGCGGGCAGUAGAUGCUGGUGACAAGCAAAAUGGAGAAAAUAAUGAUCUUUGUUCAGCAAAAUCAUCAAACUUCAUCUUUAAUAAUUAUAUGAAUUUAACUUUACCAAGAAAGCGAGUACCAAAGGUCGAAGGGAAGGCAGAAGAAAAUGAGAACAAAAGGCGUCGAAAAGGUGUUUUUGGUGUCUUCGAGGAGGCUUCAGGCUUUUCAAGCCAAGGUACAAAUGGGAAAGAACAGAGUAAUGGCAGAGAAGGAAUGAACCAGAAUAAAGUUAAAUCAAUGGCAACUCAGCUGUUGGCAAAAUUUGAAGAGAAUGCUCCAAAUACAAUUUUCCGGAGGCAGGAUCUAAUAGAUAGACCCGCCCUGCUCUCUUCUGACCCUCCCGUUAAUCCUCGCUUUGCUAAGCCUAAGGAUCCAACUCUUCUUCCACCUCAGCCAAAAAGGCAGUUUCAGGUGGUAGCUAGGAGUGAACACAAGGUCAGGGAACCCAAACAGUCUUUAAGUGGUUCUGAUCAUAUGGCCAGGAGGGCAAAGGCUGUACAAAAAUCAGAUUCCCAGCCCAGUCUGUCAGAAACCUCUGAAAGUCUCGCAUCUGCCUGUUCUGCUGCAUUUGUGCUUUCUGGAGUGCUUGAGCGUCUUCAGCACCUGGAGGAAAAAAUGAAACAGAAAAGAGCUCAGACAAUAGCAAAUAGGGAAUUCCAUAAAAAGAAUAUAAAAGAGAAAGCAGCGCAUCUUGCCUCAAUGUUUGGAUACAUGGAGUUUCCAAAGAAUAAGCUACCCACUAAAGGCUUGUCCCAUCCUCAGCCCCCAGCUCCCUCUUGCCCUCCACCUCAUGAUUCAUCUGCUGCCUCUUCAUCAUCUGUCGGUUCAGCUUCCCUUGCUGUUCCUUCUAGACAGAUUGCUCCAGUGGGUGGAGAACAGAAAUCAACCAGCCUCAUAAAUUGCCAGAUGACUGUAGGGAAGGUGUCACGUGCAAUUGGAGCUGUGGCUGAAGUUCUUGUCAAUUUGUAUGUGAAUGAUCAUAGACCCAAGCCACAGCUUCCUCCCCUUGAACUGAAGCGGUCUCUGGACAGAGGUGCAGGUUCUUGCCCUAUUCCUCAUUCUCCAUCUCCUGCCUCCACUGCUCAGAGCUGUCGGGUAUUGGGAAGCAAAGGAUCUCUGCGAAAAGAAUUUCCUCAGUCCAUUGGGGGGAGCGACAUUUGUUAUUUCUGCAAAAAACGGGUCUAUGUUAUGGAGCGGCUGAGUGCAGAAGGCCACUUCUUUCAUAGGGAGUGCUUCAAGUGUGAAAUAUGUUCUACAACACUCCGUUUAGGAAUUUAUGCCUUUGAUGUUGAAGAAGGUAAAUUUUACUGUAAACCUCAUUUUACGCACUGCAAAAUCAGCACUAAACACAGAAAGAGAAGAGCAACGUUACAGAACCAGGGCAAGGAGGCAACAGAAGCAUGGAAGAAAGAGGAACCCAAACCCACAGAGACCACCACAGCAAGCACUUUGCCUGCUGGCAGCAGCCCAGAGGACAGGUCCCCAGUCCAAUUCAUCAUUCCGGUGGUGCACCCGCUCACUGGCUGA